AUGCACGAAGGAAGGUUUUUUAUACGAUCCAUUCUUUGAGAUGUCCUCUGCAGUAAAAGCUACCGACGACAAUGUGGAAGAAGAUGCUACUGAGAUGCGUUUUCCUAAAGAGUUCGAAUCUCAAAAUUGCGACGCUCUAUUGACAUCGGAAGUUUUCCUGCUUUUAGAGCACAGAAGGCAACAAAAUGAGGCGAAAGAUGAAAUCGAGGAUAUGAGUGAAGUUUUUAUCAAAACGCUCAAUUAUGCGCGUCGUUUGUCAAGGUUCAAGAAUCGUGAAACAAUCAAAGCCGUUCGUGCUAUAUUCUCUCAAAAACCUUUGCACAAGUUUGAGGUGGCGCAAAUAGUCAACCUUUGUCCUGAAACUGCGGAAGAAGCGAAGGCUUUGAUACCUUCGCUGGAGAACAAGUUGGAGGAUGAUGAUCUUGAUGAGAUCUUGAGGGAUUUACAAAGUAAAAAGACUUUCCAGUGA